AUGGUUGCGAACACAGAGACGAAAGAGUAUGCAACUGAAGGCGGGUUGCCAACCAGUGCGCCGUCUGGUCAACGAGCUACAAAGCAAAUGGUGCUCUUCUCCAUGUUUAUCUCUUUGGCUGGCUGGAUCUUCAACUUCGAUCUUGGAUAUGGCGGCACAGUCCUUCAGAUGCAGUCAUACAGAAAGUCAUUCGGCCAAUGUGCUCCCGUCACCGACCCUGAGAACCUGAAGACAGCGGUUGUCUGCUCACAGACUGCACUUCAACAAGGGCUUGUUUCUUUGACAUUACUCUUCGUUGCCGUAGGUGGAGCUUGCAGUGGCGUUGUUGGAACCUACCUCGGCCGCCGGGGCACGAUACAAGUUGGUGCCUUGCUCGCCGCGAUCGGUGCCGGAGGGAUGCUUGGUACUUCGGGGAACUUCACCGCUUACCUGGUCUGCAAAUGCAUCGGCGGGGUAGGAUUAGGUCAUAUCAUCGCGGCUGGGCCGGUAUAUGGAGCCGAGUGCACGAUUGCCAGCAAACGUGGGAUGCUCCUCGCCCUAUACAACAUCGGUCUGGGUUCGGGUAACGCUGCCGCGGCGGCAGUAUGCUGGGGGUCUUCAACAUACACGCACAGCAACCUAGCGUGGCAGAUCCCAAUCAUAUGUCAGAUUCCCCUCUCGGUCAUCCUAGGCACCGCCGUCUUACUUUUCCCGGAAUCCCCUCGGUGGCUUCUGACUAAAGGUCGGGAAGAUGCUGCCAAAAGAUCCUUUGCCUGGUUCUAUGCAAAGAGUCCGGACCAUCCAGACGUUCUUCUCCAGGUCCAAGACGUCCAGCGCCACAUCGACAUGGAAAAGCUUUAUGGCACAACCUCGAACUGGACUGAGAUCUAUCGCGGCACCAAUUUCCGGCGUACCACGGUCAGCGGAUUGAUCAUGGUCGGUUUGGCCAUUACCGGGUCCAAAUUCGUAGGACCCUACGGUGCAAUUUUCCUGGCCAAGGUUGGGGUGAAGAAUCCGUUCCUGAACAACUUCAUCAUUGCGGCUUGCACUAUGGCAGGAUCCAUCCCAGGUCCAGUUGUUAUCGAGUACGGCGGUCGUCGAUUUUCGAUGCUUUGGGGUUACGGCACGAUGACCGUCUGCAUGCUGAUCAUCGCCAUCGUGGGAUCUGCAUUGGGCCCGGGUUCCAGCACCGCGAAGGUGGUGUUGCUGGUGUUCCUGUUCCUCUGGGCCUAUCUGUUUGGCAUGUUUAUCGGGACCAGCGUGUGGAUAGCCGCGCCCGAGCAACACAACAUUCGCCUGAGAACAUAUGGACAGGCGUCGACAACGUUGGUGUACCAGAUCUUUGGAUUUACGGCGAGCUUCUACGGGCCUUAUAUGCUCAGCGUUGACUAUGGGAACAUGGGCUUGAACGUUGGGUAUUUCUACGCAGGUAAGCAGGACAUCCACAAGAUAUGUGAGGAUCCGUUUGCUCAGGCUGAAUGUACAGGGGUGACUUUCGCGAUGCUGGUCCUCACGUUUGCUUUCGUCCCCGAGACCGCGAGACUCACGCUCGAGCAAAUCGACGAGUACUUCUUCUCUGGUAGAGCCGCGUGGAAGACUUCGACAAGCAGGAACAAGAAGAUUGCCAAGGGGGAGGUUGUGGAUCAUGUGGUCGAGCUGGAAUACGCUGUGCGAAAGUCCGCCCUCUGA